CAACUGGUGUAUCUUGCGAUACGUAUCACUUCAUCGACGUUCUUAGGCCCAGCGAUCUGGCACCACCGCACUGUGGAAGCGAGACACCUCGUCGAGCUUGCGAUUGUUUUCUUCGCGUCUCUCUCCGCCGGUUUAUAAGCGAUUUGGGACCUUCUUCUUCGACAGUUUACUAGUGUUGUGUCAAGAAUAUAGAGGUCAUUUUCUGUAUGCGAUAUGUUUGCGUCUGAGAGGAUGUUUCUGAACCGAACCAGCCGAGAAAUCUUGAGGGACUUGAGAAGGAGCAUCAGCAAGACUUCCUCGGCCUCCAACAGCGAGGCGAUCUCUUCCAGGCAAGAUGGUAGAGGCACGGAGUUGAAGUCUGACAGGCACACCAAGUCCAAAUGGAUUAAGCUCAGUAGACAAAAUAACAUUAGGGCUUUAUCUACGAUUCAGACAAAGGUGAAACCUCCACAAGCCGCAACUCCCUUCUUCUCCAAAGAGGAAAGUAGGGAAUUCAUGGCUGUGUUUCCGGAUAUCGUCAGAGACCUCACAGACGCUGGUCGUCAUACGGACAUACCGGAGGUCACCAAAAGGUUUGCCAAAGUAUUGCAAUUCAAUGUCCCCAACGGUAAAAAAAUCAGGGGACUAUCGACUGUGAUCUCUUAUAAAAUAUUAGAAAAGCCCGAGAACCUGACGCCUGAAAAUAUCAGGCUGGCCAACGUUCUCGGUUGGUGUGUCGAAAUGUUGAAAUCGUUCGAUAUGAUCAUGGACGAUGUUAUCGACAAAUCUGAACUGCGUAGAAAUGCCCCGUGUUGGUACAAACAAGAAGAUGUAGGCUUGAAAGCUGUCGCGGAUAGCCUUUUGCUAGAAUUAAGUGUCUACUCGGUUCUGAAAAAGUAUCUGUCUACACACCCGAUGUUUACCCAGUUGCAACAAUUAUUCCAAGAUGUGUCCAUGAAGAACGCAAUGGGCAAAUCGCUUGAGACUACCAUCACCAACGGGGGUAAUCCGGACCUGAAGAAGUUCACGAUGAAGAACUAUAAUUUGAUCAUGAAGUACCGUACCGGGUACUAUAGUUUCCAAUUGCCAGUCGCCGCAGCAAUGUAUCUGGCUAACAAAGAUGAUCCUGAACAGCACAGGCAAGCCAAAACUAUCCUGUUGGAGAUGGGACAGUUUUUCCACAUUCAGGACGACUUCUUGGACUGCUUCGGUGAUUCAGAGCUGACGGGCAAGAAAGGUACCGAUAUCCAGGAGGGUAAAUGCAGCUGGUUAGCAGUGGUGGCUUUACAAAGGGCCACGUCCGCUCAAAGAAAAAUUAUGGAGGAGCAUUAUGGCAAGCCGGACGAGAAGUCAAUUCAAUUGAUAAAGGACCUCUACCUGGAACUCAACCUACCAGCGACCUACGCGACAUACGAAGAAGAGUGUUUCAACAGGAUUCGAACUCACAUCCAGCAGAUUUCCAAGGGACUGCCUCACGAGCUUUUCUUCAAAUUGCUCAACAAGAUUUACAAAAGGAGUGGCUGAAAAAAACUAGAUUCAAAUUGGAUCUGUAGAUGUAAGGUUCGUUCGUACAGUGGUCGGUAACUUGUCGGUGACUGUGUCUGGGAUCCGGCCGUGUGAAUUCCGUCUAAAUACCGUAGCAUAAUGAACGGAAUUUGUGUGGCGGGAUCUUGGACAUGAUCACUGACAGGUUGGUGACGGUUGGACAAACAGGGCUGUAAGAGUAGCGAUGGUCAGUCAUUUGUCAGGAUACCGUAUCAUGAUAUUUUAUUAGACUGAAAGUUUGCAUGGGUUACUUGCUUCUUAUUUAGGAUGCUUCGGAAUAAAAAUGAUGUCUAUCGCUAGGAGUUACACUGUCAUUUAAUUUUUUGUCAUCCCGCAUUAUAUUAUAUAUUUUCUUAUUUUUAUGCAGAAAAAGUUUCAAGUAUUCAUUUAAAUGUUUAUGAAAUAAUAAUCGUCUUUAUUUAAACUGUACAAUUUCAUACAGAGAAACAAGAGUUGCAUAUGGUGGCGAAGUUUAGCAACAACACUUACACAAAUGUUUGAUCAAUAAAGAAAUAUCUACAUGGUGCUCAAGUCAAAGAUGCCCGUAAGGUAAAUUGGAAACGAUAAAAGUAUCUAAAUGAAAAUAAAAUUGUUAUAUUAUGUUAUUGUUGUAUUUGACAGAUUGAAAUAUCCUUAUCUAAGGACUCGAACAUUCAACGUUUUGAAAUAACUGUAUAGGAAUUUAUAACCUUUUCACACCACACGUUGUCACAAAUUGUAGUAAUUAUACUUUUCAGUUAAUAGCAACGCACUAAGUUUUCAAAGAAUUUAUAUAUGGAAGGGGUUUUCCAAUACCGGUAAGUAGAUGCUGUAAUGGAAUAACACAAACCUUGUGCGAGGUAUUAACAAAAAUUUUUCUUAUUCAGAAGUCUGUUCAAAAAAUAGCCGAACUUCAUUUUUUAUUUUUUCCAGUGGUGUUUUCACUUUGUAAAACAGCGCUGGUAACGGCAUCCUUCUAGCACUAAUUGUAAUUUGGUAAAUAACGUAUGUCCUAAAAGUUCUGCCACAAAAUAUUUAUCGAAUUUUUUUAUUAAAAUACUAACUAGCUAUCAUAAAUUACAACUCUUCUUCUUGGGCUUCCCAGCCUCCAUGAUGAACCUUCCUACACAGUAAAGCCCAAAAAUUCUCUGACUAUUCAAAGCUUCGUCCCUUACUCUUCCCACAAAAGGUUUGGAUACGUCCCUGUUAAAAAUUUCGCACUAGACAAGGAUUUUAUCUGCAAAUUUAGCUUCAUGUUUAUAUCUGACAUUAUCAGGGCAUUUAUCUACGUUGUCCGUAAAAAAUCCGUCGUUUCUCGUCAUUUCAGAAUUAUUCAAAUUAAGAUACCUUUCGUGUACCACAUUUUCCGAGUGAAGAUUUGGUGUUAUUUAUCGUUCGGGGACAAAUUUACGCAAAAGUAUCCUCGAGUUUUUUAAUCACCCGGAUCAUCCCAACAACAUAAACACCGUAUGCUAUUAUAAAACAGCCUCCAUCUCCUCAAUUAUAAUUGCAUGAUUCUCAAAAAAAGUAGAAAAACGAUUUUGAUAACAUCGUCAUGUUUUUUUAUUUAUGUUUUUUUGUAACUAUAUUCUGGAUGUGGAUCGAGACGGAUUAACUCCCUCAAUGGUAAUAGUGGUCCCCAACAUUUUUGAGUUUAAAGUUUGAGGCUGAAACUAAAAUUUAAAAGUGAAGGAAAGAUGGGUCAGUGAGAGAACGAUUUAACGAGAAAAAACGUCAAUCAAACUGAUUUGUUGCAAAAAUUAAGUUUUUACUGUGGAUAAUAGACUGUAACAUUGUUUCAAGAAAAAGCACAAAGUAUGAACAUAUAAUUUCUAAAUUAUCUUUGGAAUAUUCCUAUUGAACAUAAAUGGCACUUAUACCAACAAAAUAUAUGACAUAUCAGUCUCUUCAAUUAUUUAUCUUUCAGUCUUUCCAUGACUUUAUCCUGCACUGUUGCUGAAUUUAUCCAUUGCCUUCACUGCGUCACAACCUUAAAAGUGAAUCCACCCUAGCCUCUGCUGAAGAUAUUUUAUUUUGUUUAUUUAUUUUUAUGUACCCUUUUCUAUACUUUUCUCUCCCUCUAACCUCUUUUUUCAAUUUCUUUUCUAAUCUAUAUACAUUCGCGCACGACGUUUCCUAAGCAAUCGCCUGCGUGUUGCAGCAACAUCCCUAUUAACACCAUUGAUUUGAAUAUUGUAGCGUUUUUCUGGGUUCAUUUGGGCCUGGAUUCCACAAAAAGAAAUGCAAAGUUAUUUAAAUUGACUAGAUAGAACAUUUAUGUACAUAACUGUUUAUGUUUGACUAUUUAUUCACGAAUUAUUAUGUCGCGAAGUUCACUGAACCAUACUCAAGUCUCCUUCCCUCUCCCGGCCGUCGAGUUAUAUAGUCCGCAUCGCAGGGACUCGUUGAUUCGAAAAGAUUCCGGUGAGCCACAUAGCGGCAUUCUAGAAUCUUCGAGGUCACUUCUCGUCGAUCUCGAAGAAAAGUCCCUGACAUGGUCCUCAACAGAUGUCGCCAGCAGCGAAGGAGAGUCUCGCGGUCCCCAACAGAUGUCGCCACCAAAGGAGAGUCUCGCGGUCCCCAACAGAUGUCGCCACCGAAGGAGAGUCUCGCGGUCCCCAACAGAGGUCGCCAGCAUCGAAGGAGAGUCUCGCGGUCCCCAACGUACGUCGCUAGCACCGAAUGAGAGUCUCGCGGUCCCCAACAGAUGUCGCGACUGAAGGAGAGUCUCGCGGUCCCCAUAAAUUUGUCGCCAACAGUACUAUUCAUUCUUGUUACAAUAUCAAAAAUUGCAAAUGAUUCAGGAGUCGCAGGUGGAGUUUCAUCCAGCAGUGCUGUCAAACUUUCGCGCAACUUCGUAUCUCUGUAAGUUGCACUAUUCAUUAUCCAUUACUUCCUUUUUGCCGUUUUUCUCUUGGAUUCAUAGUACUUACAGGCUUUAUUUAAUCCUUUUCUUUUUUCUUCAAAUACUUCAUUCUUUCCUUUUCUCGCAGCUUCUUUAAAGUACUAGGGUCACUUUUCAUCUUUUCCCGUCACUUUUUUGACAUAGUCCAAUCGAAAAACUUAUACCAUUUUUUGCGAAAAAUAAACAAAUGACAAUAACUUUUGUACUGUAUCAAAUAUUGUAUCAAAAUAGAAGAAUUGAGGUUAGUUGGGUAUUAUAUAACAAUGUAUUAUUAGGUUAUUAGAUUUUUAGACUGCUUGGAAAAAUGUAGCCUGUGUGAAAUCUAGAAACAUCUAUGCAAUUAACCAGAGCGAAGCAAUAGGAAUUUGUAGCACUCCAUAUAAUUAUAAUCGGCAUCAAGGUAUGAUGCCUCCAAAGCUUUUUUUGCUAUGCCAGUGUAUUUUUGUUUGAGUCUGGGAAUAAAUUCUAUAAAAGUUAUUAUAUACAUAUUUACCUCUGAGCAAACCGAAUUUUGUAUAAUUUCGAAGUAUUCUUGCGAUGAAGUACAAUGUAUAGUAUAAUCUUUUAUGUAUAUCCUUAAAAUAAGUUUAGAUUAAGUGUUUAUUUUUGUGGUUCGAAGUUGCAAAUUGCAAAUGAAAAUAAAUAAAAUAUACCUACA